GGUUGAAGUUGUCAAAGUAGAGUAGGCAAUGUGUAUAUGACGCGUAUCGUGAAUUGAAAGUAAAGUAACUGUGCAAUUAUGAAUCCAAAUAGAAACGUCGUGUGUUUACUGUUGCUCUUUCUAGGAAUUUUAUCGUAUUUAGAUCAAAAAUGUGUCGAAGCAAAAUCGAAUCGGCAGAAGGCUCCCCUGGUCGAGGAAGUUUCUGACGUCAAGGAGCUGAAGAAACUGCUGCGCACAAAGAACAACGUGCUGGUGUGCUUCGUGAGCUCGUUAAAGCGAGCUGUUCCGACCGUCAAGGUGUUCCGCGAGGCCGCGGGCGCCAUCCGCGGGCAGGGCACGAUGGUGCUGGUCGACUGUUCGGGGGAGGCCCGCAAGAUGUGCCGCAAGCUGAAGGUGGACCCCGAGCCGGUGGUGCUGCGCCACUACAAGGACGGCGAGUUCCACAAGAACUAUGACCGCCCGCUGACCGCGCAGUCCAUCGUCAGCUUCAUGCGGGACCCUGCCGGCGACGCGCCCUGGGAGGAGGACCCGGCGGCCGCCGACGUCGCGCACCUGCCCGAUGCCGCGGCUCUCCAGAAGGUGCUGCAGCGCAGGGACGGCCCGCGGCAGGUGCUGGUGCUGUUCUACGCCCCCUGGUGCGGUUUCUGCAAGCAGCUGAAGCCGGACUACGCGGCGGCCGCGUCGGAGCUCAGGGGCGUCGCCACGCUGGCAGCCGUGGACGUCAACCGCCCGGAGAACGCGGUCCUCCGGCAGAAGUACAACAUCACCGGCUUCCCCACUGUCAUCUAUUUCGAAAAUGGAAGCCAGAAGAUGGUGUACGAGGGAGAGAACAAGAAGGAUGCACUUGUAAGGUUCAUCCGGAACCCGGAGAAACCUCCAGAAAAGCCGAAGGAGAUUCCCUGGGCCGAAACUGAUACCUCUGUCACUCACCUCACCACCGAGACAUUUGAUUCUUUCCUCGAGGAAGAGCCGUCUGUGUUGGUGAUGUUCUACGCACCGUGGUGUGGGCACUGCAAGAAAAUGAAGCCCGAGUACGAGAAAGCUGCCGAGACGCUGAAGGCGCACAAGAUUCCGGGAGUGCUGGCAGCUCUAGAUGCCACGAAGGAACAGGCAAUAGCGACGCGUUACGACGUCAGGGGCUACCCGACGCUCAAGUACUUCCGCGACGGUGCACUGGCGUAUGACGUCGGGACACUGCGGGACGCCGACCGUCUGACGGAGUUCAUGCGGGACCCGAAGGAACCUCCACCGCCGCCGCCCCCGGAGAAGCCGUGGAGUGAGGAGGAGGGUCAGGACGUGGUGCACCUAACGGAGGAGACCUUCAAGCCCUUCCUGCGCAAGAAGAAGCACGUCCUCGUCAUGUUCUACGCACCCUGGUGCGGCCACUGCAAGAGGGCGAAGCCGGAGUUCGUCCGGGCCGCAGCCCGGUUCCGCGACGACCCCAAGGUGGAGUUCGCAGCCGUCGACUGCACGAAGUUCGGGGCAGUGUGCGGCGCCUUUGAGGUGAAGGGCUACCCCACCGUCAAGUACUUCCACUACUUCAACAAGGAGACCAAGGACUACGGGGGCGAGCGGACGGAGGAGUACUUCGUGCGGUUCAUGCGCGACCCCCUGGGUGCCGGCGCAGAUUCUCCGGCGGACGCCGGCGCUUCUGCGAGAGCGAAGGCGGUGGCGGAGGCGGAGGGGUGGUCCACGCUGCCGGGCGGCGACCGCGUCAGGCUGCUGACCGAGGCGGACUUCGACGCUGCCGUCGCCUCGCCUGCGCCCACACUCGUGCUGUUCUACGCCCCGUGGUGCGGUCACUGUCGCAGCAUGAAGGCGGACUACGCGCUGGCGGCAAAGCGCGCGCACGACGAGAUGCUGGGCGCGACGGUGGCGGCGAUCGACGCCUCGGCGGCGGCGACAGUGCGCGGCCGCUUCGACGUCCCGGGAUUCCCUACGCUGAAGCUCUUCCGCUCGGGUUCCGUAAUCGGGGACUACCGGGGUGCCAGAACCGCGGACGGGUUCGUGUCGUUCUUGAGGACCGCCGUACAUGACGAGCUCUGAGCCGACUGAGAAGGGAGAGGAAAGACCCGAGCUCUGCAGAGAUUUCUCUCGCGCGGUGCCGACGUCUGUCUGUCGGAGGUGUAUUUAUUGGCGUUGUCACUAAUUUAUUUGCACAAUUCGAUCUGUAACGGUAGUCUCACUUAGGUAUAACGGGACUGUUCCUCAGGUACGGAGCUCUCCACUCUGCCAAUCUUGUCAUGUCAGAGUGUGAAGAGUCAGCUUUUGUUUCUUGAUUUUAGGUGAUGGGAUUUGUAACAGUUGCACUUUGUAUUAUCUGUAACAUUUUCCCACUUCUGUCUGCCCUCGUCAGUGUGGGUGUACAUACUGAAUGAAUGUCUCACUCUUAGGUUUUCCUACUGCCACAAAGUGUCACCGUCCUUCUCACUGUAAUAGAUCUGACAAUUUAUUAUUUUUAUGUUCGAAUUGCAAGCACAAGUUAUUGAUACCGUGUUCAUUUAUUAUUCUCCCAUUGCGCCUUUCUGAGGAUUACACAGCUGUCAUCUGGUGGACCUGUUUCAAUUGGGAAGCACGGACAAUUUGUAUGUUUAGCUUUUAUGCAAUCUGGAACAUCAACUUCCUGUCACGAAAGGCUUCUUUUCCAGUUGUAUUUAUACUAGAUACUCUCUCUAUAAAGUAUAUUUAUAGAAUACGUUUGUCCGCAUGACCACCUUCUGCAGCAGCUGUUAAAAUCCGUCAUACAGGUUAUCUGUCUGGAGUUGACUGCAACCUAAUUAAAAAGAAUUACACCAGACGUGUUUCGCUUUUAUUUACGAAGCAUCUUCCACUGUUAUUGGUAUUUCUCUAAAUAUUCUGUUCCUUCCCUCCUCGCUAGCAGCGGUCGGUGUCGAAAGCCUUCAUUUCACAUCUGCACUAGGCAGUUUUUGGCAUUGUGCUGUAUUUUCUGCACUGCCUUAUUUACACUUCACUUUCUUAAAGUGCUUCUCAUUCCGCACUGCCACUGUGGCGGUGAAGUGUAAAUAAUGCGGCACAGAAAAUAUUGUAGAAUGCCAAAGACUGCCAAGUGCAAAUGUGAAAUGAAGUCUUUUGACACCGACCGCUGCUAGCAAGGAGGGUAGGAGCAGAAUAUUUAAAGAAACACCAAUAACAGUGGAAGAUGCUUUACAAAUAAAAGCAAAAUGCAUCUGAUGUAAUUCUUUUUAAUCAGAUUGCAGUCAGCUCAAGGCGGAUGACCUAUUUAUAAGAGAUUUUCGUAGGAAGUACACGCCACGUGAAUACGACUGGAAAAACAGCCUGUCACCGAUUAAAGGUGGGGCCACAGAUAAUUCAAAAUUUGCACAUACAAAUCAUCCACAUCCGAUCGAUAUAAAUCCACCUGGUGGUGGCAGUGUCCGUCAUCACCGUCAUCGUCGUCAUCAGUCAGUUUACUUAAUGCAGAAUGUCAGGACCUUAUUUCUCGUGUAACUGUAUCUUUGACUAGACAUCUUCUUCGCUUGUUAUUCUUCUUUGUGGUAUUCUACCUUCAAUAUUACCUUGCUAUAUGGUCUUUCAAAAUUAUUCCCUUCCUUCCUAAAAUGUGUCCGAGGAGCACGAAGUAGCUUUAACUGGCACAGGAAGAUACAUUUCUUGUGAUGCUAAAUUCUUCUGUAACGAAAGCGUCGGUUUUCCUUUCUGUCUGCAGUAUUCGUAACAUCUUUCUCCGCCACCACAUCUCGUGGCACCCCGCUCUAGCCUCCGCAGUCCCCGUCUCGCAGCCGUGCGAGAACGUGGGGAGCACCGCUGAUUCCACUGAGCGCUGUCUUUUUCAUUAUGUUGUUACAAAUAAUAGCUUAGCUAUCUGGCUGGUGUGAAAAACUUUUGUUGAACAAUUAUUUGCAAAUGCCAUUUGUAUCAGAAUUACUGAGUUACUUUGUGAGCUGUUUUGUACUUCUCUCAACUUCUAUAAUGAAUUCUAUCAUUUUCUUAUUGCAUGCACUACUGUGAAUGUUUGUUCCAGAAAUCAGAAAGUGUUGGUCUUUCAUAACUCACCCAGCUUUACAAUUUUUAUAUUUCUGAAUACGGUUCUUGUUCUCCAAAUGUACUGAAAAAAAGUAUUUUCUCUAAAAUAGUAUUUCUUCUUUGAGAGAAAUAUGUGUUCAGCCAGAAGUAGUAAUCUGUAGAGCACCGAGUGGAUUGCAAAAUGCUUGCCUUUACACUCGACCAGUAAAGAAUGUCAUUUUCAGUGCUAACCGUGAAGAAUUAUGGGUUCCUCGAGAUAUUCGACUUCAGAUUAUAUUACACUUGUGGUUAGAGAUAGUCACGUAUCAGAUGUCGGGCACUAUGGGGAAACACAAUGUCUCUCAGCCUGUGACAAUCUCUCUGCGAACUCACAAGGUUAUUGAGCAUUUUAUGGGCAUUCUGGCUUCUUGUUUCAUAUAACUGCUGUAUUAUAUAUUUACAGAAUGCAGUUCAGUAGAAAAUAUAUGGAUCGUGUUUUCUUCCUGUAAAGGCACAGCAUUUUAAAUUAGCAAGUGUCGUCCAGGCAGAAUCUUCCACAGAAGAUAGGAUACCUAUGUCCUGCCUUUCCCCUAUGCACGUAACAAAAUCGUGCUAUAGGAAGUGUGUACGUUGUUCAAAUGAAACAUCAGAAGUUGUUUUGUGUGUUCCGUAUAAGCGGAGAGUGGAUCUGCAAUCGGCAGUGACAUUAACAGUGCUGUAUGUGUUAAGAGUAUUAUUUUGGUGUGUAAUUUACAUUUUACUUUUUAGUAGAACAUUGGUGCUACCUAUUCUGUAUUGCUGAUUAAUUAUAUUAUUAUUCACUCUGUGCUAAAGGAUAAGCGUCUGAGUAUUAAUUAACAUGUGCAUUAUUAUAUUUCUGAUACUCUCUUCUGUUGUUGUAGUGAAACACUGCAAGUUUGCAUAAUUUAUAUGUAGGCCUACACAAGGAGUUUGAUACUUAUAUAUUGUUGCUGAGCUUUCUCUUGGAACAAUUUUUUAUUGGUUCUGGGGAGAGGACGUAAUUUUCAAGGUUGCAUACAUAAGAACAUAAAUUUAGUAUGAAAAUGGAAUGUUUUCAUAUCUUUUUGUGAGUCAAAUAUUUCUCAGUAUUUAAGAGAAGCUUGCAGCAUAUCACUUAAAUGUGCCUAAAAUCUGAAUGUAAUGAAUAUUCAAAUAACUUACGGGACCUUUCAAGAGUGUGAAAGAUGUUCCUCAGCUGCAUUUUCAGUGGUUAUUUGAAUAUGUCUAAAAUUGUGUAAGCACACUGCACCUGCUUUGGAAAUGCACAAAGAGUUAUUUAUAAUCUUUUGAGUUAUUUUAAUAGUUAAAUUUGUACUUUCACAAUGUACAUCCACACGGACACUCUGCUAAUCACAUUUAAGUGCCCGGCAGAGGGUUCAUCGAACCACCUUCGAGAUAAUUCUCUAUUAUUCCAAUCUUGAACAGCACACGGAAAAAAACAAACACCAGUAUUUUUCUGUGUAAACUCUGGUUUCCCUUAUUUUAUGACGAUGAUCUUUUAUCCCUGCGUAGGUCAUAUUUUCGCACAGUUACCAGAUAUCUUUCAUCUUUUGUAGAGCUUAGUUAUUUCUCAAAUUUACUUUCAAGCAUCUAAUGUUGAAGUUGCUUUGAUGUGAUAACGGGUAAGGAGCUAAGUGCUCGUGUGGUGUUUGGCAUUGAUCGUGGCAGUGGAAACACUGUCAGGAAAUAAAAACAGUAUCAGAGGUGAGACUGAGUACUGUGAAUGUAAUUAGAAACUAUAUUUUUAAGUUUUUCCGUUGUAAGGGACCACAGUCAUGUAGAACAUUUUGAAAGAAACUUCUACUAUUUGAUUGUAAAUUACUAUUGAUUUAUUUCACAUAAGCACGAUUUUGGCUUUAUAGCCGUUCUCGAGUGUAAGUUUAAAUGUCACAAAAUGUCCAACUCGGUCUUAUAAACUGGUCGUGUCGCUCGUAUCCCGUAAUACGACGACACGAUUGUGAGACCGGAUACGAGCUAUUUCGAUGGCAAUGUGUCAUUUAGGUGUCUCGGACAUUUUGUGACAUUUCAGCUUGCCCUCUAGCACUGCUAUAAAGCUGAAAUCGUGAUGUGUGAAAUAAAUUAAUAGUAAUUUACAGCCAGAUAGUGGAAAUUUCUUUCAAAAACAUAUUUGUGAAUGCAGGGCACUUUUGGAAAGAAAAUAGAUAUUGUGAAAUUAUUGAGUGAUAGCUUAAUAAAUGACCAGUAAGGGCUGUUUAGGAAACUGAGACUAAAUACGAAUACUAUUACAAAUGAUCAGGUUACUUUCCAUUCGGAAAGCUGUCGCACUCCACGACUGUUAUAUUAACUUGUAGAUUGCAGCGAUCAGUCGUCCUUCUUAAAUUUGAUUGUGCAGAUCUAGAUUUCGGCUACAAGCUAACCAUUCUCGAUGCACUAUUAUUUUUGCUCAGUGCACGUAAUGCCUGUCGGCCGGGCUUCAUCCACAGAUACAAAUCAGUCCGAUGCCAGGUCAGGGUAUUUGACCUCAGUAUGUGCCGUUCCUCUGGAGAAAGAGCACGUCGAUUCCGACGAGACAGACCCGGUACAGACUGAAAUACAGUCAUUAAUGUGAAAUUCUGAAAGUAGAACGAGGGCGUGUGGUGACUGAUAGAUCUGCUUUGUACUUGGGAAAAGUGGGUGUGCUGCUUGAGGUUGUGAGUCAUUUCUCUGUCUGAGUUUCACGAAUGUUGAAGUGAGGUGUUUUUUGACACAGGUAAUAAAUGUCGGUGUCCCAUCUCUAAUGAGCUUGAAAUUGGUGGCACAGCUGUACCUUCCUCCUUCAGUUUCCUCAGCAUAACAGUGCCUCCGUACAGCUCGCCACAUAAUGACGACCCCCCCCCCCCCCCCCUCCUCCUCCUCCAUUUUCCAUUGGAGCUGAUGCGUCUUCAUAUAAAUCCUGUAUCCAACAAUGUCUGUCAGUAAAUAAUGUAGCGUGCAAAACACCGAGCGACUGCUUCGUGGUUGUGUUUUCUGAAGUGGAAGACCACGUGAUAAACACUGAGCAAUAUAAAAAUCCUGUAUGGUAUUCAUUUGUUGCAAAACAACAAAAAUAACAACUCUACACAUAUUUAUGUGACAUUUAGUACAAAUCUGACUCGUAUAAGAUACUCUCGGUAUUCUUGCUGUGUCGAACUAGAAUAAGAGCUCACCUUUCGGUGUGAGUUUCAGUCGUCACCGACUGUCGACAUACUGCGAGACGUGUCAGUGUCUGCGUUCCCAUUCCAUCGUUGCCGACCCGGCAAAUUUCUCUGUAGUCUCCAGACACUGAAAGCUCGCUUCCGUGCAAAAGUAAAAUGACAGACGACGUCCGAGUUAUUCCCGAUGUCGGACACCAGUCUCAUAAGUGUAGAAGAUAUUUUAUAUCAAAUCAAACAUAUUUCUAACACUGUGUUCGGCAACAGUCGAUUUUUCUGAAUUGGGAAUUUUAAUACGACAUCGAUGCUCGGACACUGUACGGGUCGAAUGGCCGUUACAGUUCCUAUAAAUCUCGUUCGUUUUAAAUAUUUUUUAAGUGUGGUGCACAAAUUUAAAUAUCUGUAUAGUUAUAACUAAUUUUUGAAUAAUGAAAUUGUUUGUUCUCAGUAAACUUAGACAAAAAGAUCCAAAAAUUUGCUGCAGCAUUACGUAAAAUUGUGCAAAAUUCCCAAACCUAGAUUAUUUAUGUAACUAUUUAGCAAAUGGUGAAUUGAUUCUUACGUGCACAAUCGUAUUAGUUAACUGUGUUUGUGCAGUAGGCAGACACUCUGUGCUCACGUGAACCACUAGAAUGACUUUUGCUUCAGCUAGUCAGGUGCCAAUUGCAGAUGUUGAGUUUUGCUAACCUGCCUGAUUUGUCCUCCACUGUUUCACUGAUAAUUAUGACAUAAACAAAACUGUAGCAGCCACAUUCACUCAAUUUUUAAGCAACUUCUAAAAAUAAUUGUGUUGCUGUACCAUUUGUAGCAGCGCCAUACAGUUUAUAUGCAAAACUCUGCAGGUUGUUGUAGUUUGAAUUCUCCCUGUAAUCGUUCUCAGAAUUUUAGCUUAUGUCAUUGUAUUAACUGUACUGUUUAAUUGUGGACUCCAACUGCUCUUUUGUCGAUCUCACGUUCACCGUCACGUACAUAAUUCAGUAUCGGACAAGUAUCGGAAUCUCUUCUGUUCGGCUGACGUGCUGUGGCGCGUCUCCGAAUGCUUCUCACUUGACCUGUAGAAUAUAGAGUGUGAAAGUUUUAAGAGGACCGAUAUCAUUUUUGACGUAAGAUGUGAUUUUGAUAGUAGUGUGUAUAAAGUUAGAUUAAAGCUGUCAUAUAUUUUUCUAAAAGGAACUAUCAAAAUGUUAUGAAACUAAACUGUUUUUAUAUUGUGUGCUACUGACAUACAUAUUUAUGUGUACAAGUAUUGUAAGAACUAAAUGGUAAAAUCAGGGUAAUUUUUGACGUAUCUUUAUGUGAACUAUCUGUGUGAAGUGUCUGUGCUGUCACUGACAGAACUUUAUAUUCUUGUAGUAAGCUUUCUGUCCGCUUCUUCACGUGUGUCUAUUAUUUCGUACUGUGGAUGUAAAUGAAACAAAAAUUACAAAAGGCAUUUAAUGUUGCUGUAGCCUUUGAUAAGCACAGAUUGUGUGUCAUUGUUCAAUGUUUGGUGUCUGUAACCUUGUCGGUGUGUUUUGAUAAAUAAUAUAUCUAUUUACAGACCUGUAUUUUGUUUUUUACGAGUUCCGAUAGCCGCACAUUGCGGACGGGUCAAAAUUGUCGAGAUUGAGAGGUAGCGUUCGGACCCGUCCGUACCGACGGAACGGCGGCGGCUCUGCCGGUGGGAUCUCACUUUCUAAAUGUUUACCAGAUUUUGUGUCUUAUUAAAUACUUGGUGGAAAAAUAAAUGAAUAAACAAAGA